CUCUCACUCUCUCACUCUCUCUUUCUCUCUCUGUGUCUCUGAGUCUCUUUUCUCUCUACGCCGCCGCCAUCUCUUCCAAUCUUCAUCACAAUGGGCGCGUUACAGCCCUUUUUCGUCGUCUGCCUCGGCCUCUUGGCCUUCAACGCCCUUGUUUCUGCCCACAACAUCACCGAACUUCUCGCUGCCUUCCCGGAAUACAGCGAGUACAACAACUACUUGAGCCAAACGAAGCUCGACGACGAAAUCAACAGCCGCCAAACCAUUACCGUCCUGGUCUUUAACAAUGGAGCCAUGUCCUCCCUCGCAGGCAAACACCCUCUCUCUGUCAUCAAGAAGGCGCUCAGCCUCCACGUCGUUUUGGACUACUACGAUGCCCAGAAGCUCCACCAAAUCUCCAAGGGCACCACCCUCUCCACCACGCUUUACCAAACUACCGGAAAUGCCCCUGGAAACUACGGUUUUGUCAACAUUACCGAUCUCCAAGGUGGCAAGGUUAGUUUCGGCUCGGCGGCUCCCGGCUCCAAGCUCUCUUCCAGCUACACCAAGUCCGUCAAGCAGAUCCCCUACAAUAUCUCCGUCCUCGAGAUCAGCGAGCCAAUCAUUGCUCCGGGGCUCCUAACUGCUCCGGCUCCGUCGGCUUCCGACCUCAACAUUACGGGUUUGCUCGAGAAAGCUGGCUGCAAGACGUUCGCGGCUUUGAUUCUUUCUAGCGGCGUCAUUAAGACUUAUCAGUCAGCGGCUGAGAAGGGUUUGACUAUUUUUGCGCCGAACGAUGAGGCUUUCAAGGCUAAGGGAGUUCCGGAUCUGACCAAGCUCACCAACGCUGAGACGGUCUCGCUCUUGCUGUAUCACUCCGUUGCUGGUUACACUCCCAAGGGCACUUUGAAGUCCACCACUACUCCGAUCAGUACCUUGGCUACCAAUGGUGCUGGAAAGUACGAUUUGACUGUGACGCAUGACGGUGACUCGGUGGUUCUACAUACCGGCGUUGACUCAUCUAGACUCGCCGACACUGUUCUCGAUGCAACCCCAUUCGCCAUUUUCACAAUCGACAGUGUGCUGCUUCCAACAGAGCUGUUCGGCAAAUCUCCGUCACCGGCUCCGGGACCGGCACCGGAGUCAUCUCCGUCACCUGCACCGGUUCUAGCUCCAAGUCCUGCUCCGGCGUCUGUUGAGGCUCCAUCACCUCUUGGGGCUUCGCCACCGGCACCGCCAUCGGACACGCCGGGAGGUGCUCCUUCUGAUGCUCCGUCGGCCGAAUCGGAGAACAGUACCUCGACGGAUGCAGCUGGUCACGUGAGAGCUCCUGCAUUGCUGAUUCUACUGGUCACUGUGGUUGCAACUGUCAUUUCCUCAAUCUUCUUGUCCUGAUUAGUAAAUUCGAGGAUCCCAUAAUUUAUUUGUUUUUAUUUAUUUGUUUCUCUGUUUUUUUUUUUUUUUUAAUCGGAUGUUACUGGCUUAGAGUUUUUGUUUUUAAUUUUAAUUUUAUUUUUAAUUUAUGGA